UGAAAUAAACAAAUGUCAUUUCUCCCGCCAUAACUUUAACGUUUAUAAUAUUCCAUUAUUGCUCUUAAAGAAAAUAUCCUAUUUAAUCGAAAAUGACAUCAAUUGGUAGUGGAUACGAUUUUUUUACCUCUCAAUUUUCCCCAGAUGGCCGUAUAUUUCAAAUAGAGUAUUCUGAAAAAGCAGUUGAAAGAAGCGGAACUGUUAUAGGCUUACGAGGAAAAGAUGGCGUAGUUUUUGCAGUUGAGAAGCUUGUGACUUCGAAGUUAUGGGAACCUGGAGCCUACAAAAGGAUCUUUACCGUAGGAAAGCACGUUGGUAUAGCUGUCGCUGGAAUGAUUACAGAUGCAAGACGAAUCGUAAAAGUUGCCAAAUCAGAAGUUACACAUUAUAAAUCUACAUAUAAUGUUGAUAUUCCUCUACAUCAUCUUAAAUUCCGUGUGGCUAUGCAUGUGCAAGCCUAUACUUUAUUUAGUGGUUUACGACCAUUUGGUUGUAGUGUAAUGAUGGGAUCUCACGACCAUUGUGGGCCUCAGUUAUUUUGCAUUGAACCAUCUGGCACUUCGUGGGGUUAUUUCGGUUGUGCAAUAGGUAAAGCUAAGCAAGCGGCGAAAACGGAGAUAGAAAAUCUGGGUGAUAUAAAAAAUAUGACUUGUGUACAACUUAUUAAAGAAGCUGCAAGGAUAAUAUGUUUGGUACAUGAUGAGAUUAAGGAUAAAGAUUUUGAACUUGAACUUAGUUGGGUUGGCGAUAUUUCUAAACGCCAGCACGUACUUGUUCCACAAGAAAUUUUCGAUGAAGCUGAAGCUUAUGGGAGAAGAGCAAUGCAAGAUAAUGAUUCUGAUGUAGAUAGUGACUAGUUAUUCAUUUGUUAAUAACGAUAAUAUUUUAUUCAUGCUGAGUUUGGUAUAUGUUUUUCGUAGUAAUAAGCUAAACAUGACUUUUUGUAGUUUUAGUAGAUUUUCUUGAUUUACAAGAAUAUUUCUUGGAUAAAAAAUCUAUUUGUAGGUGCCUUUUGUCAAAAAUUGUCAAUUUUUGAAGUAAAUUGUAUAUACGU